CUUACUGGAUUGCCCACCGGGCUGUGAAGAUUGUGUUUGACGCCUUGGACAACCUGGAGGCCCCACCGCACGACAUCGGCUACGUCAAGCAAGCCAUGUUUGACUACUUCCAGGUUUCCGACCGAAUGGGGCUCCUAACUCACCUCUACAGGACCUUUGAGAAGUCCAAGUUUGCAGGGUUCUGCCGGAAACUGGCUGAAGGUGCCGAGGCUGGGGACCCCCUGUGCCGCUACAUUUUCCACAAGGCCGGAGAAGUCCUGGCACGGCAUAUCGUGGCCGUCCUGCCCAAAAUCGACCAGAUCUUACUCCAAGGGGACUUAGGAUUGCCCGUCGUCUGCGUGGGAUCCGUGUGGAACAGCUGGGAGAUGAUGAGAGACGGAUUCACCCAGGUCCUCAGCCAGGCGCACAGCCAGCAGCUCAACGGGGCUUUCUCCAAGUUCAGCCUGCUGAAGCUGAAGCAGUCCUCGGCCCUGGGAGGGGCCAGCCUGGGGGCCAAGCACAUCGGCCGGGCCGUCCCUCUGGACUACAAAGCCAACGUGGACGUCUUCUACACUCACUCCUUUGCCUAGGGAUGGGCAACUCCGGACCAUCUUUUUUGGGGGGGAGGGGGGGGCUUCAAAAGGUGGGCUCUCUGCUGCUGUGGGAGGGACACACACAGAUACACACCACAUUUAAUCAAGUAGUGUGGUCUCAGUGGCCAUAACCCCCACCCCCCCAGCAGAGUGCCUGGAUACAGGGAGCCCUUAACAGCCAUCCAUGUAGCAGGGGGCUGGAGGAGAAGACCUCCACCAUCCCUCCGAAUUCUGUUAUUCUGUUCACGACCCUUCAUUAAAUGACCGUUCAAAUUACGAUGGC